CUGUGGAACUUUUGAACAUGAGAUCGCAGGCUGAUUCGCAGCUCGCAACUUCUUGAGCUUCCUCUUGAUUCCAAGGUGGUACAAGGCGAGAAUCUAGCAUGGGGCAAGUUUCUUAGGAGUCUAGGUGUGCCUCAAAGCGAGGGGACAAAAGUGUGAGCUGCGGCGGGCGCUUAUUACAAGAGGGGCGAGCAAAGUCGCAUCACAUGCUGUCACUGCAACCCUGGACGCCAGUGCUCAGCUGAUUGCGGGCUUGAGAGUUACAGGCAGCGGCACACAAUGAUGGGCAUUCGUUCGCUUCGUUUGUCCUUCCAGCCAACCAAGGAGAAUCUUCUUACGCUUCUGCAGGGCAGCGCAUUGUGGCGGAACAAGACCAUUAUCACUGUUGCGGAGACUUUUGAAAUCUCCAAGUUGCACAGAAGUAGUGAAAAAGCGGAGUCUGAUGAUUGGGAGAGGCGAUGGAGUGGUGGUCAAGCGACUUGCAGUGGGGGGAGCACGGACCGAUCAGCAAAUAAUUCGGCUACAUUUGUAGUUGAGGACAGAUCACAAGGGACGGACGUCCAAUUUGUGAAUGGGUCGGCGGAGAAUGCCGCAUCCGGCAGAUCAAUGCACUCCCGAGAUAAGAGACUGCUGUGGUCAGACUUGCUGUUUUCAAUGCAUGGGGGCAAUGUUGCAAACGCAGAUGGGAUGCUGAGGAGGACAGCGCUCGGAUUGUGCCAAGCAAACUUGGGAUAUGGAACAGCUUUUCGAUCUCCGGUCACACUCCUACAGAAGGUUGGGUUCGCCACCGAAGCCCCCCGGCCUGUCCCCUCCCCCCUCCAAAUGCUCCCAAGCCCUGUCAAGACCUUAGAUGACGCCCUCGACCCAGAGCAAGAAGCCAAGAGGGCCCAGUGCGUUGCCAAAGGCCUACCCAUGAGCCCCUACAAGCUGAACCUGGUGGCAAAAGUGGUGAGGGGGAUGAGUGUGCAAGAGGCGCUGGACCAGCUGGAGGCGUCUCCGAAGAGGGCGGCUAUUCCAGUCUACAAGGCCAUCCAUUCUGCUCGGGCAAACGCCGGCCACUCGCACAACAUGGAUACGGAGCGACUUGUUAUAGAGAAAUGCUUUGUCGGCCACGGGCAGCACCUGAAGCGGCUGUCGUACCACGCCAAAGGGCGCAGCGGGGUCCGGAAACGGCGGCGGGCGCACCUCACCGUCAUUCUCAAAGAGCUCGAAGCUCCAAAGGCAGAGAAGCUGAGAAAGGUUGAAGCCAUGAAGUUCCACCCGGCUGAGCUGCGUUGGGUCAACCGGCCAAAGCGUGCGCAAACCUGGAUAGAACAACUCACUGCCAGAGCUCUCGAAAAGAAGAAGCAAGCACUGGAUCAGAUUAGCAGCCCUGCGUCUAGGUGACGUGUCAGCAGGGCUUGUCGCCCGGAAGAUUCGAACAUUGUCUAUGGGCAUGAGUGAGGUCAACACUAGUUGCUGAAGCUCGUCAACGAAUCGCGUAGGCACAGACGAGACAGCGAGGUUCUCAGGUUUCAGGUCUUACUGCUGCGCAUAUCGAGAUGCAGCAGCUGCCUGCACAUGCAUUUGUUGGACUCACAAUAUUCGUGACCAGGGGAUUAUGGCCCUCAUUGCAAUCUGGCAAGACAUCAGUCGAACAUGCAGAAGUAGACUGUCGUGUACGAUCGGAUUGCGAGCUGGUGAUUGCCGUGGGCAACCUGGCACCUUGCUAAACAACGGUGUGGGUGUAAGUCUGACAAUAAGAGAAAUUUUAAGUAUACUGGCACGCGU